AGGCACCCACCCCUUAGUCCUCACUUAAGAAGCAAAGAAAAGCAACGCCCCAUUUGCCCACUACAGCUCUCAAAGCAAUGUUCCGAAGCUACUUUCUCCUCCUCUUCACAUUCCUCUUCUUAUCCAUCUACCCACCCAAAUUCCCCGCUCUGCCCCAAUUACCCAACCCCGACCCGGCUCCUGUCGAAACCCAACCUUUGGCUCUCCCCACCCCAUCUCCUCCCGCCACAAUUCCCGCCUUCCCGGAAGAGUCCAACGUCGACGGGUGCCCGUUGGACCUCCCAGACGACCUCUUCUCCGGGGUAAAAUCGGCAUGCGGAUCCGGGGCAAACCACCACCACGGCAUGCCCGACCCGAAUUCCUACUCGGGUCAGCUCCACCGUACGAGGUGCUGCCCGGUUCUUGCGGCCUGGCUCUACGCAGCUUACUCCGCAACAGCACUUCAGAGGGCCACCGGCAUUGACAAGACCACCACCCCUCAAACGGCGUCGGCCCGUGAGGUUGAUAUGCCACUCCUCCCGGACGACUCAGAAACCUGCGUGGACAGCCUUGAAAAGGCAUUGGGGAACAAAGGGGUAAAUUUGGCAAAGCCUAAUGAGACCUGCGAUUUUGUCUACUGUUAUUGUGGAAUCAGGCUGCAUCCCUUGAGCUGCCCCGAGGCUUUUUAUGUAAAUUCGCUUGGGAAGCUAGUUGGUGGUGAAAGUGUGAAGAAGCUGGAAGAAGAUUGUUCAAGCAGCAGCAGUCUUAACGGCUAUGCUGGGAUUGCUGGCUGCUCAAAGUGCUUAAACACUCUUUAUCUGCUGAAUGAAGACAAAGUCGGAAACGCAAGCACGUUGGAAGACAGGACAAGCAAGAUGCACAACAAGGAUUGCGAGCUUAUGGGUCUCACAUGGCUUCUCCACAAGAACAGAGCUGCUUACCUCCAUACAGUUUCUGCUGUUUUGAGAGCCCUCAUGUUGAGCACCGAGGGGACUUAUCCACAAUCCUGCACUCUCAACAGCGAUGGCAUGCCUCUUGCUGUCGAUUCUUCGGAAAUCAAUGAUCAAUCUUCGUCGACACUUCUGCAUAAAUCCUUGUGCCUGUACUUCCUUCUGCUCUCUUUGUUAUCCAUCAUGGUUGUUAUGUGAGUCUCAUCACAAAGUAUUAGUUAGUCUGCAGUCGCUGUCUGUACCUAAAAUUGUACUCCUCGUUGAGUAUAUCUUCUGUACCAAAUGUGCCAAAUUCUUUGUACGGAUGAGUGUAGUUUAGUGAAAUUGUAGUUCUCGGGCAGUUUAGCAAAUGGUAAAUAGGCAAUUAAAAGUUGAAGAGAUAAUUAAUCCUCUUUUGACCGUCUCUGGGUUCCUGCUA